CCCGGACGCACCACUACUUGAGGCGGCACAGAAGAUACGGUGGAAAAUUGUUUUAAAAAAUUGCUAGACCUUCAAGUGCACCGCUCUCCGAGAACGAGCGCUCGAGAACGCAGAAACCCCAGAAAGUGUGUAGUGUGGUCGAUCUUUCGUUGGUUUGAAGGUGGUUUUUCAAUUUGACGCGCAACGCGAGAUGAGGAACAAGUUUCGUUCGCUGUGAGAUCUCCAGCCGUGGUCUGCCUUGUCGGUUGUGACGUCAUUUGUUUAUCUGUUAAACCGGUUAUGGUGUCGGUUAGUAGUGCGCGGCGGUAGUGUUGACGUAGGUCACUGCUGGCCAGAUGUUGCCAAGACAAUGUGCUGGCUUUUAGUAUGAUCCUAGUGCACAUUGAUCGAUCAAUCGAGAAAUUCUUCUCCAGUUCAUUUUGUCGCGUUCGAACCGAGUGGUCUAGUUCCGUGAAGUGUAUUUCUUUUUUUAGCUCGUUCAAACCGGUGGAGGAACUGCCGCAUCGAUAACAAACAUCCCCAACCGCGUGCCAGCUAUCCGUAGGGCCGCAACGCACACACACACACACUCUCCCCGUUUGUCAUUUGAUCCUGAGGUUCCGAGUAGAGUUCCGCUGCAACGGAGCGCAACGCAUUACGAGUGCCGGUGUGGUGCGACCGAGGAGAAGAAGUGCAAAUCGAGAUUGAUCGAGAAACGCGCUGUCCCACAGCAGCAUGAUUGUUGGCCGCUAGCCAGAGCGCACAACGGACGCCACAUUACAACACUAUCGCCAGACGAGCGGCCAAUGCGCCAUAAUUAAGACAAACGGUUACGCCGGCUUCACCCGAUCGGAAGGACAGGGAUAGGCGGCCGGAUUGCGUUGUUUUUUGUUUUGCUCCAUCCUAAGUAAAUAAGCAAGCGCCGUUCCUCCCGGCCGGUUGCGAGUUUCCGGCUGCAACAUUAAUUGUGCAAGUGUACGAAAAACUGUCCAGCAAGCGGACGACCAACGCGAAGCGUGAAAAAGCGUGCGUCGAUUCCCGUGAACGUCGAGCGCCGGACGACAGUGAAAAAAGCCAUCCGAAUCGGCCCUCCUUAAUUGCUUUAUUGCCUUCCGUUCGAUCCGUUUCGAUGGAGAAUAUGUUUGCUUGAACGACGCAGAGGCGCAAGCCCGUGCCGGCCCGUUUACGCGGCCACAAGUCACAAGAAACAUUUUUUUCAACCUCGUGACAACCGUGACAAAACGCGCGCCGCGUGUGCAAGUAGGAAGUGAGUUUGUGUGUUUUUGUGUCAUCAUCUUGAAGUGUGUACCCAUCGUACCGUUGUUGAUCGUGUCGUCGAAGCAACCGUUCGAGAUCACCCCGGCCAUCUGAGCGCUUCCAUCGGAAGCGCACGGAAGCAAACGUGUGUCGCCCUUUUGUGCGAAAGAAUCAAGAACAACUCGUCUCUGCUCCAAGGGUGGUGGUCCCCCGGGAGGACGACGACAACGACGAGAGGAUUUUGUGUGUCCAUCUUUGUGAACGCUGCGAGCAUAGGAAUCGUUUUACUCACCGACAAACCCGGCCCGCGUCCAACCGAACCGGAAAGCGCUGGUGGCUGGCGAGCGGGGCAAGCCUCGCGACUCGCGGCAAAUCGGAUCACGGAAAUUGGAAUGUCAUUGAAGAAAGAAACCCUUUCGGACGUUCAGCUACAUCUGGCAGCCCUGCGAGGAGACGAAAUGCUGCUGAAACGAGUGCUGGACAGCGGCAAAGUGCACGUCGACUGCCGUGAUGAGGACUACACGACUCCGCUAAUCCUGGCGGCCGCCGGAGGACAUACCGCUUGCGUCAUCGAGCUGCUGGAGCAGGGUGCCGAUCCGAAUGCCCGCCGUGUGACCGGUACGACAGCUUUAUUCUUCGCCGCCCAAGGAGGCUACGUGGACGUCGCUAGGAUACUGCUGAAGGCUGGCGCACCCGUCGACUGCUCGUCCGUGGACGGUGGGACUCCGCUGUUCGUCGCAUGCCAGGGAGGCCACGAGGCCAUGGUCGGUGAGCUGCUGAGCCACGGUGCCAACGUGCACGCCUGCAUGAAGGACCGCGCAACUCCACUGUUCAUAGCGGCACAGAAUGGGCACAGCUUGGUGAUGAAGCUGCUGUUGGCCGCCGGUGCUAACCCGGAUGCAGCCCGCAACGAUGGAGCCACACCGCUCUGGAUCGCCGCUCAGAUGGGUCACGAUCAUAUCGUCAAGAUACUGCUACACCACGGGGCCUACGUUGAUGCGGUGCGAUGUGAUGGUGCGACGGCACUCUUCAAGGCGGCCCACAAGGGUCACAGUUCGGUGGUGCACGAGUUGCUCAAGCAUCGUCCCUGCUUGGGACUGCUGGAAAACGGUGAAACGGCACUGCACGCCGCGGUCAUGUUUGGGCAUCUUCCGAUCGUCAAGCAGCUCGUCGGUGCCGGCUGUGAUUGUGGCGUGAAGAAUCAGGACGGCUACACACCGUUGCAGCUCGCCCGGCAGCAACAGUACGCCAGCGUCUAUCAGUAUCUGAAAGAACGCAUCGGCCAGCAGCAUGCCGAUCAUCAGCCUGUCCAGCAGCAGCAGCAACAGCAGCAGCAGCAGCAACAGCAACAGAAGCCGCAGCCAGCUGGUGGUAAUGGAGGCUAUAAGAGGUCAUCUGGUCAGAACAGCUCCUCGCAGCUAAAUGGCGGUGGUGGUGCUGGUGGAGCAGCUCCAAAGACGACAACCACUAAGGUGGCAAUUACGAGCUAAAUUAACUUUCCAUUUCUACGUGCUUCCACCACUAAGCAAUACCCGUUUCAAUUCGAUUCCCUCCAAUUGUUGUUGAAUUUACGUUUUAAUCUGUUCGCUUCUUUUAACUAGUGAUUAGCAUAGUAGGUAGAAACUAUUUCAAUAUUACAAAGCUUAUAGAAUCCGUGCUGCUUCUUUCUGAACUUCUGACACUCAAAGCUCAAAAAAUAAUAUUUAACAAUACGUAAUCAUACCGCUCAAAAACAAGUAACGUGUAAUACAUUGCGAAUUGCAUGAAUAAGCAAAUACCAAAAAAAUAAAACAAGAAAAAGAGCGAGAGAGACAGAGGCUCAGCUGAUGGAACUAACGCGUUAGUAUUACAAAAUUACGAAUUUAUCAUACGAAUUGGAUUGUGUGGGGAUUGUGGUUUUGCGAAACGAUUUAGAAAGAACAAAGAAUGCAUUGCAUUCGUACUCGCGCACCCCUCGGUUGGAAGAGCUCGAUCGGAAUAGAGCAGAGAAUGCAGAGCAAAUGAAACAUGGUGCAAGCAGUACCAUCAGCAGCAUCAGCAGCAACAUCAGGGACACCCAUAACCGUGUGUGUGUGUGUGGGUGUGUAUCCUUUUACCACGACACGUCGCCUGCAAACAACAAUCGCUUGCGGUCGUCUUCCUGUAAAUUGUUAUGGUUCUCGUGUUACGUUUAUCGUUAUUAUUGCUAUCAUUGCGCGGAUACACCCGAGAACCGAGCGAAAUAUGAUUGGCCUCGCCACCCUGUGGAUGGCAGACCCGGAAGCAGCAGCUCACAUCUUUCUCACAGCACGACACCACCCGCAACCACCAUCGGGCCACAUCCCGCGGAAUAUGGUUGAAGGUAGCAGACGCGUACCUCGGGGGGGGAUGGUUCUGUAGCAAGCAAAAGGAUCAAAGCUCGAUCGAAACGGAAGGCAAAGGGACCCAGAGGAAGCGCAGGCCGGAAGCGCCGGAGUGCACUCUGCUAUUGACACAAGUCACCUUCCUAAGGGAACACACACACACACGGGCGCUCGCGCGCUCGCGCUGUUCGCUUUCGAACCAAAAAUCGCGAAUCCUUUCGCGAUGUACCGCCAUGGCAUGCAUGGCAGCAGCUUCCACGGGGCUGCCUCGGUGCUGUCUCACGCUGUGAGCGAGAUUGAAAUCGAACAUCCCUCCCCAUUGGGGGGGACCACUUCAAUCGACGCUCGCACGUGUGUGUGUGUGGCUGUUUGUGCCGGAUGGAAAAUGGAAAACUUCAGCGCCAUCCAGCGCGCGCUCUGUCGUUCCAUAUAUUCGUUGCAAUAUUGUGCGGACGUUUGUGUUAUGCGAGA